CGAAGAUCAGGUCACCAAAGCAGAAGCUUUAUUUGUCAGUUUUGUUGCCGAACACAAUUUAGCCUUUACAGUUGCUGAUCACUUCACUACCCUAUGUAAAGAAAUGUUCCCAGACUCGCAGAUAGCUAAGAAAUUCAGAUGCCAAAGAACAAAAACAACCCACAUAUUGAAUGAAGCCAUGGCCCCCUCACAGAAAAAUCGAGUAGCAGAGAUAUGUCGUACUAAUAAAUUUUCUAUCAUGAUGGAUGAAUCCAAUGACAGUGGAGACAAUAAGAGUGUAGCAAUCCUAGUUAGGGUCCUUGAUCGCAGUGUUCACAGGAUAACAACACGAUUCCUAGCAAUGCCAAUAUGUAAUAUUGGUACUGGGGUGAACUUAUUCAGCUGCCUUGAGCAGGUUUUGUUGGAUCAGAAUAUACCAUGGCAGCAAUGCAUUGGGUAUGGGUCUGACAACGCUAGUGUCAUGGUUGGCCGUCACAACUCGGUCCUAUCUCGUAUUCGUGAGAAGCAACCUGAUGUGUACGAUAUGGGCUGUGUAUGCCAUUUAGCCAACACUUGUGUACAGUAUGGGCUAAAGAAACUGGGUGUUCCAGUAGAAGAUCUCCUUGUUGAUGUAUUCUUUCACUUUCAUCAUAGUUCCAAACGGAAAGAGGAGUACAAAGAUUUCCAGAUGUUCACCGAUACAGAACCUGCCAAGAUCAUCAAGCACUGCUCUACAAGGUGGUUGUCUUUACAGAAAUGUGUCAGUAGACUCCUACAGCAAUGGCCAGCCUUAAAGUCCUAUUUCAGCAGCCAUAAUGAUUGCGAGACAACUGGCUCCCGAGUGCAGAGAUGUUAUCAACGCCUAAAUGACCCUAUGUUUGAGCUAACAUACCAUUUCCUUACCUUCAUAAUGGAACCAAUGAAUGAUUUCAACACUGCUUUUCAGGCUAAUGAGUCUAAGAUUGGAUUCUUACAUGUAGAGAUGAUGAGGCUUCUACGCAAGUUCAUGGGCAAAUUUGUGUUAACAAAGGUCAUUACUGCUUCUAAGAUUACAGAGGUAGACUUCAGAAAUCCAUCCAAUCAACACCAAGAUGAUGACCUAGCUGUUGGUAUGGGAACCAGGUCAUACUUACAUGACAACCCUGACAUUUGUCCAGUAGUGUUGAACAAAUUUUUCAGGUCAGUCCGUGAUUUCUACACAGAGGUUACAGAAAAAAUGAUAAAGAAAUUCCCCUUAGAAGAUACCACUUUGAAAGAUCUUGGAUUUGUCAAUCCCUGUUUAAGACAGAAUAUUUCCGGUGAAGCAGUGUUGAGGCUUGCCAAGAGAUUUCAGUGUAACCAUGAAGAAGAUCAGCUGCUUGAUGAAUUCCUGGACUAUCAACUAACACCAAAUGAGGAGCUGCCUAACUUCAGUCCAGAUGAAACCAGACUUGACACUUACUGGCUAGAAAUGGAGGGGAUGUUGUUAUUAGAUGGACAGAAGAGAUUUAAGAAUCUGCCAGUUGUUGCUUUGGCAGCCCUAUCACUUCCCCACAGCAAUGCUGACCCUGAAAGGUGUUUCUCCAUGGUUAGAAAAAUCCAAACAGAUCACAGAGACAAUCUCUCCAACAAAACAUUAAACUCCCUGCUAUGCAUGAAAUUAAAUUCUGAUUCAGAGUGUUACAACAUGGACAUGAACAAAGAAAUGAUAAGUGCUGUCAAAAAAGCAUGCAUGACAUAUAAAGACAGUUGUAAUAGUGGAAAGUGUGUCAGUGAAAGCUGAAUAAAUAACAUAAACAUCAAAACACAAGUUCAGUGAAAAAAAAACAUGUAUGUUUUCCAAAGAAAGUUUUUUAAUGAUAAAAGUGGGUUGAUAAUGAAAUAUCAUGCAAAAUAAAAUGUUUUUUAAAGAAUUUGUAGUUAAUGCUUUUAAUUAUUGUGUGUUAAGACCUUCCUGUACGCAAAAAGUCCUGUUUCCGAAAAUCUCCCUCCCAACAGACUCAAUCUACCUACUUUUAGGGUCAAAUCUCCCUACUUGGCACCAGAGAAAGUUCACA